AUGUGCAAGGGCACAACCACCCAGAACAAUCACAGUAAAGUGUACAAGUGCACAACCACCCAGAACAAUCACAGUAAAGUGUACAAGGGCACAACCACCCAGAGCAAUCACAGGAAAGUGUUAUGUCCAAGAGCACAACCACCCAGAGCAAUCACAGGAAAGUGUACAAGGGCACAACCACCCAGAACAAUCACAGUAAAGUGUUAUGUGCAAGAGCACAACCACCCAGAACAAUCACAGGAAAGUGUACAAGGGCACAACCACCCAGAACAAUCACAGGAAAGUGUUAUGUGCAAGGGCAUAACCAUCCAAAGCAAUCACAGUAAUCACAGGAAAGUGUACAAGGGCACAACCACCCAGAGCAAUCACAGUAAAGUGUUAUGUGCAAGGAUACAACCACCCAGAACAAUCACAGGAAAGUGUACAAGGGUACAACCAACCAGAUCAAUCACAGUAAAGUGUUAUGUGCAAGGGUACAACCACCCAGAACAAUCACAGGAAAGUGUACAAGAGCACAGCCACCCAGAACAAUCACAGGAAAGUGUAGAAGGGUACAACCACCCAGAACAAUCACAGGAAAGUGUACAAGAGCACAACCACCCAGAACAAUCACAGGAAAGUGUACAAGGGCACAACCACCCAGAACAAUCACAGUAA